UGCGUCUGCUAGCAAUAAUAUUAUUAAUGCAGCUAGGGCAUUUGGUGCUGCAGCUGUUAACUCCUGGCCUGCUGAGUGCAGGUCGACUAUAAAUAAGGGCGUAUUCCCAUCCUCCCUCCGUCAUUGAUGUUCGGAACUGUGCUGGUACUUUGCACUGAUCUGUUUCUGCUUUCUGCUUAGCUUUUCUUUCUGCUUGUUUCUUUGCAUCCAUAAGCAAGCAAAGUUAUUGAACAUCACACACGUAACAAUGUUAAGACUCGCAACCAAGACCAACGCAUUCAAGAACCCAAGAACCAUGGCAGCCUUUGGUGGCUCCUUGAGACUCUACUCCUCUCUGCCUCUCUCACAAACCAUUACCUUGCCUUCCGGGCAAUCGUACGAACAACCAACUGGUUUGUUCAUCAACGGUGAGUUUGUGAAGUCCUUGCAACACAAGACUUUUGAAGUCAUCAACCCUUCCACGGAAGAGGAAAUCUGUCACGUCUACGAAGCAAGAAAAGACGAUGUCGACCUGGCUGUCGACGCUGCACACAAGGCAUUCCACAGCGAGUGGAGCCAAUGCGACCCAGCUGUCCGUGGUAAGUACUUGCUGGACCUUGCUGACUUGAUGGAAGCUAACAAAGACACUUUGUCUGCUAUCGAAUCCAUGGACAACGGUAAGGCGCUACCAAUGGCUCAAGGUGAUGUUGGCUUGGUCAUCAACUACUUGAGAUACUGUGCCGGUUGGGCCGACAAGUUAUCCGGUAAGUUAAUUGACACUGGCUCCAACUAUUUCAACUACAUCAAGAGAGAACCAAUUGGUGUCUGUGGUCAGAUCAUUCCUUGGAACUUCCCAUUGUUGAUGUGGUCCUGGAAGAUUGGCCCAGCCUUGGCCGCCGGUAACACCGUUGUUUUGAAGACUGCCGAAUCCACCCCAUUGUCUGCUUUGUACGCUGCUAAGUUGGCCCAAGAGGUUGGUAUUCCAAAGGGUGUCAUCAACAUUGUCUCCGGUUUCGGUAAGAUUACUGGUGAAGCUAUUUCUACCCACCCAAAGAUCAAGAAGGUUGCUUUCACCGGUUCCACCGCCACUGGUAAACACAUCAUGAAGGCCGCUGCCGACUCAAACUUGAAGAAGGUCACAUUGGAAUUGGGUGGUAAGUCUCCAAAUAUUGUCUUCAACGAUGCUGACGUGAAGAAGGCCGUCCAAAACUUGAUUGUCGGUAUUUUCUACAACUCCGGUGAAGUUUGUUGUGCAGGUUCCAGAGUUUUCAUCCAAGAAGGUAUCUACGAUGAAGUUCUUGAAGAAUUCAAGACUGCCGCUGAACACUUAAAGGUUGGUAACCCAUUCGAAGAAGGUGUCUUCCAAGGUGCUCAAACUUCUCAACAACAAUUAACUAAGAUUCUGGGCUACGUUGACGCUGGUAAGCAAGAAGGUGCUACUUUGGUCACCGGUGGUGAAAGAUUGGGUACCAAGGGUUACUUCGUCAAGCCAACCAUUUUCUCUGACGUUAAGCCAGAGAUGAAGAUUUACUCUGAAGAAAUUUUCGGUCCAUUUGCCGUUGUCACCAAGUUCAAGACUGCUGAUGAAGUUAUCGAACUUGCCAACGACUCCGAGUACGGUUUAGCUGCUGGUAUCCACACUAAGUCUCUCGACACCGCCACAUAUGUUGCCAACAAGUUGGAAGCAGGUACCGUGUGGAUUAACACCUACAAUGACUUCCAUCCUGCCAUGCCAUUUGGUGGUUUCAAGCAAUCUGGUAUUGGUAGAGAAAUGGGUGAACAGGCAUUCGAGAACUACACCCAAUGGAAGGCUGUUAGAAUUGGUAUUAACAAUGGUCCUCAAUAAGCUUGAAGUAUAUUCCAUUUAUUUUUCAUAUAUACGACUUUAAACUUAUGUAUUUUUAUCUUAACGACUAACUGAAAUGAUGAAUAAUAGAUUACUUUUCCGUUUCAUAUUGGCUUGCACAUAGGCUGUUGACAGGCCUCGCAUUCAUCCUUGACCUCUUACUACUCACAGAAUGCGUUGUAAAUGAUGGUGAUUAUGUAAUUAUCCUCAAUAUAAAAUAUAGUCAAUUAUGAAACAUAAUAACAGAUGAAUAAUAUAGGAAGGGUAAAAAUAUUGUUUCAAUAGAACUUCAUCCAUUUACGAUGUUAAUUUGUAUAAGACCACAGUAAA